UCCUUCCUUCCUCCUCGUUUUGAUUCAGUCUCUGUAGCCUACACGCAGGAGGAGGAGAGCUGCCGCCGCACAGCGAAGCCAAGACAGUCCUGUCUACAGAGAGACACCAGCUCACAUCAACAAGCUGCAUGAGGCAUCUGUGAAGAAGGAAGAAGGUUUUGGCGAGAGGGGGGUUCCUCACGUUUUUUUUUCUCCCCCUCUCCAACCCCGAUUCUGAGGACCAGGAGGCGGUGGAGCUCGCAAGAAUAUCCUACAAGUGGUGAAGCGAUGGUUUAGCGGAGCAAUUUGGCAGGUUUUUUUCUCUCUCUCUCUCUCUCCGCACGCCCAACGACACUGUAAUUCCGCACAGCAAUCUCUCAACCCCUCCACCCUCCUCCCCACCCCUCAAAAAACAUCUGUGGACGCUUUCCUGGUGGGGGAGAUGGCUGUUUUCCGGCUGUCGCUGCUGCUGCAUGUGGGAUUUGUGAUCGGAUCAGCCGAUAAAUACGCGGGGUGGUCGGCGCACGGGACCGACGCGGGAGCAGGGGAGGCGAUCCGCGGCGCUCAGACGCACCGUCGGCAGCUGGCGCAUCUCCGCGCGCCUCAGCAUCCUCCUCCUCCUCCUCCUCCACCCGGGGAGACGGCGGAGCUGCCGCAGAAAAUAGAGGAGCACCUCCCCAGGGUGGUCACGGCUUUCCUCCACACCGGGGACUCGACCACCUUAAAGCACGCCAACUGCUCGCGGAGGUACGAGCUCACCUCUCUGCGGGGAAGGUCACAAGCCGCCCCGCAUCACUCCAUGAGCAGCGUGCUGGAUACGGUGCUGCACGCCACAAACUUCCUCAACAUGAUCCUGCAAGCCAACAGGUCCAGGGAGCAGAGUCUCCGGCGAGACAUUGAGUGGUACCAUGCCCUGGUGAGGAGCAUCCUGGAGGGAGACGCCAAGAUCCACCGGGCGGUUGUCACUUUCAGCGCGGAUUCGUCCGUGGCCGGGCCCUCGGUGCUCCUCCAAGCCACCAGGGCCGGCGGAGAGAUAGUCCUCCAAGACCUGUCCAGCGUGGCCCACCACCACCUGCACAACCGCACCGCGGACACCGAGUGGUACCACGACGUGAGGGACAAGAAGAAGAAGCCCAAUUUCCAUAAGCGGGUGCUGAGCCAAGACAUCCGAUCAGCUGACAAUUCUUUGAGAAGAGGGGAGAGUUUCAUCCCGGACAGGACGCACGUGAAGUGGUCUGCGCCCUACCUGGAGUGCGAGGAUGGGAAUUUUGUUCCUCGCUGGCUUUUGACCUUAUCCGCUGCUUUCUAUGGCCUGAAGCCCGACCUGGCUCCUGAAUUCAGGGGCGUGGUGCGCGUUGACAUUAAUCUACAGGAUGUUGAUAUCGACCAGUGCUCCACCGACGGCUGGUUCGCUGGAACCCAUCGAUGCAACGCGACCACUAUGGAGUGUUCGGCGAUGCACGGUCAUGGAUUCGUCUUGGACAAGUACAAGUGUCACUGCAAGAAGGGAUUCUACCACCCCAACAGAGUCGCUGUCAACGGCUUCACAAAGACGGGGAGGAAAGGCAAAGCUGCAGACAGCGGUCCCAAUGCAGACGAGGGCUCGUCCAGCGACUGCCUGCCGUGUCAGGAGGGCUGCGCCUUCUGCAAAGACGACACGCCGUGUGUGGCGCGAGAGGACGGCGCCCUCCGCAUGGCCGUCCUCUCCUUCCAGUGUCUCUGCUUGCUGAUCGUCUUCGUCAGCAUGAUACUCAUCUACCACUUUCGCAGGAAUAAGAGUAUCAGAGCAUCCGGUCUCAUCCUACUGGAGGCCAUCCUGUGUGGAGCUCUGCUUCUCUACUUCCCGGUCGGGAUUCUGUAUUUCCAGCCGAGUGUUUUCCGCUGCAUCCUGCUGCGAUGGGUUCGACUGCUCGGUUUUGCCACCGUCUACGGGACGCUGACUCUCAAGUUGUACAGGGUGCUGAAGGUGUUCCUGUCGCGCACCGCCCAGAGGAUCCCCUAUAUGACCAGCUGGCGAGUGUUACGUCUGCUGGGCAUCAUCCUGCUCAUCGUCUGCUGGUUCCUGGUGGCGUGGACAUCUGCAGUCUGUCAGAACCCGGACAGGAAGUUGGCUCUCAUCGACGUGGGCUACACGCCCGACGGGCUGCAGUUCAGCACGUGCCUGCUGGAUCGCUGGGACUACAUGAUGGCUGUCGCUGAGUUCCUCUUCCUGCUGUGGGCGGUCUACCUGUGUUACGCCGUGAGGACGGUGCCGUCGGCGUUCCACGAGCCUCGCUACAUGGCCAUCGCCGUUCACAACGAACUCAUCCUGUCAGCGAUUUUCUAUGUCAUCAGGUUCACUCUUGCUCCGGAGCUCCAUCCAGACUGGAUGCUGCUGCUGUUCUUCACCCACACACACCUAACUGUAACCGUAACACUCGGUCUACUGCUCGUACCAAAGUUCCUGUUUGCUGGCACCCAAAUGAGAGACGAUAUCGCCUCUGAAGCCUACGAGGACGAGCUGGACAUGGGUCGUUCCGGGUCGUACCUCAACAGCAGUAUCACGUCGGCGUGGAGCGAACACAGUCUUGAUCCUGAGGACAUUCGGACACCUGAGGAAAUGGGCCAUCUCAGUUCUAUUAAUGGCUGUGGCGUAAGGUCUUGCGACAGUCUUUGGGAAAAACGUACCAACGAGGAGCUUAAGAAACUCUACUCCCAGUUGGAGAUUUACAAGAGGAAGAAGAUGCUGGCGAACAACCCUCACCUCCAGAAGAAGCGAAGCUCCAAGAAAGGGUUGGGACGAUCGCUGAUGAGACGCAUUACUGAGAUUCCAGAGUCGGUGCACCGGCAAUGCAGCCGCGAAGACAAGGAAGCUGGAGAACACGGGAGCAACCGCAACAGCAUCUGCAUGUUGAAGAAGAACCCCUUCGAUCAGACUCACCAAGGAAAGCCAGCGAAGGAGGAGACGCUUAAGAACAAGGUUUUCUCUCUCAAGAAGUCCCACAGCAGCUACGAUCACGUCCGCGACCAAAGCGAAGACUCCAACAGCUCAGCGACAGACAAGAUGGAGGUGACCGCUGCUGAGGGCUCCCUCCUGGAUACACUCAUGGGCAAGAAGUUGGUGAAGAAGAAGUCCAGUGAGAACAUAAACGCACCCAGUGAAUCUACGGAAUCAGUUCCUUUGGUUUGCAAGUCAGCCAGUGCCCAUAACCUCACUGCAGACAAGAAACCGAUUCAUCCUAAAGCCUCCAUGCUGCAGAAGUCCCUCAGCGUCAUCGCCAGUGCCAAAGAGAGGACUUUAGGCUUGACAGGAAAGACCCAGGGCAUGGAGGACAGCAAUAAGAAGAGUCAGCCAAAGAGCAAAGACACAAGGGCCAAUGAAGAUCCAGAGAAUGAUACCCAACCCAAGAUGAUCAUCAGCCAGUCGGUUGAGUACAAACAAAGUGCUGCAAAAGGCAGGAUCAUGAAACAGACAGUGGGAGGUAGCCAGCCUAUAAUCUGCUCCGAUCCAGUCAAGGGAAAGGACCUGUACGAUCUCUCAGAAGUGUGUCCCUGGGAGGUGGAGGAUAUCCCAACUCCAUCUGAAAACAAAGUCCAAAAGCAUGUUUCUAUUGCACCAAAGGAAACUACAACAGUUCAUGGAGGUAGCACCAAGGGUGGCAAGUCCCAGCAGAAGCAGAAAGCUUCUGAUCAGUCUCCAUCGAGUGGCAGGAAUUCAAAGGAAGUGCAGAGAACAUCCGCUGUACGAACGGAGGUAUGUCCAUGGGAAGAUGACGGUGAAAGUCAAAGCAGUCAAGUGGAUGGGUCGAAACAGCAAAUACACAACCAGGCAAGCAAACCUGCCAAGACCCAGCAGCCUCAUUCUGCAACAGAGAGCUCGAAAACAAAUCGGGUAGAUGUUUGUCCGUGGGACUACGAAGAGCCUCAAAAGACAACAGAGUUAGCUCAUUCACCAGACACGACGAAACAGAGAAAGGGCACCUCCCCUGUGGAUGGGAAAGGGAGAAGUACCCUUUCAGACCCGUCCAAAACAGGAGUCUCGCUCCAGCCGCAGCCUGCAAAAGCUGAUGUAUGUCCCUGGGACUACGACAGCACUGCUGUGUCUCCAGGUUCUGGACAGAGGACACCGAGCCCCUCUGGAGCACCCAAAACCAAGGAAUCCCCUUCAAAAAAGAAGGGUACUCCUUCCACAAGAACAGUUGAGAAAGAGAAAACAAAAGACACUGAUGAUGAGAAAAGUAGAACAAAAGCUAAGGACAAGAGUAAAUCGUCAGAGAAACAUGUGAGCCAACAAAAAAUGGCUGAGGUUUGCCCGUGGGACGUAGAGAGUCAUCAGGAAGUGGCGAUGGUAGAAAAAAGGAAAAGCGCGAAUGUUGGAGCAGCCAAAGCAAAGGUGGCUGAUGUGUGUCCAUGGGAUUUUGAGGAUACGUCAGAUAAAGGUACAGACAAAAGUGCUUCUGUUGUGGAACAGAGCAAUCAAAAUCCUAAAGGCAGCGCACCAAGUGCUGCCAAAAAGGCAGAUGUUUGUCCCUGGGACUUUGACGACGGCACAUCGAGCAAGAAGGCAUGACACUGAACCUUAAUGGACCACUGAAAUUAUAGUUAUUGAUGUAUACUUUUUUUCCACUUUGAAAUCGUUAAAUAUUACCUUUUACUAUUAGUACGGUGACUUGGAAGAAAAGUUGAUCAAGUUCCACAAGUUGCCUUCCUUUCCGAGGUUUUGUUCCUGUUUUACCUGUUUUAAAAAUAAGUAAAAUCUACAAAAAAAACAAAAAAAAAAAACAAGACAAAGUCAUGAUGAGCAUUCCAGAUUAUUACAGGAAAAAAAAAAAUCCUGAAGAUGAAUCUUAGACUAAUUAUGCAACUUUUGAUUCAGCCUUUCCACUUUCAUGAGCAAUGUUUUAAAAAUCUGCAUUUAUCAUGUUCUGUAAACAGUUCUUAAAUGGUUCUUUUUGUGCAUUAACAUCAUCCCUUAAUGGACUUGGAUGAGACACGACAACAGGAGGUUUAGAGAAAAGAAGCAAAAGUGAAAGCCAAAGAAUAAGGGAACAUUUGCAAAGAGGGAUUUAAGGCGAUGUAGUUAAUUUAUUAGUUUGUGUCCAACUCUUGGCACAGAGGUAAGGACCCAGCGAGGAAAUCAGUCUAUAGCACUUUAGCCAACUCCAUAAAUUCAGAACUGAGGACAGACUCUGUUCUUCUUGUACAUUUUGUCUUAUUAUUUUCAACCUUGCGGCAUGAUGUCACACACCAACCAAACUUAGACACGUUCUCUUUUUGUUCAGAUCUAUUUAAUUGUAGUUCGCUGCAGAUUAAAAUGCUUCCAAGUCUGCAGAGAUGUACUGUAUGUGCCUAACUAACUAGCGUUGUCUUGUAUCAGUCUGAAGGGAGGCGAGUGGCUUCGUCUUCAGCACUUUUGUGACGGUGAAUUAUAUAAACAGCAUGCACAGCCAGGUAUUGAGAGUAGUUGGAUCCUACCGGUUUGUCAACUGACGCAGUUAAUGUGUUGACAAAUGUAUAAUGUUGUUUUUUUUUAAAUACCAGAAUGACUAAUUUUUCCUGCUUUCAUAUUUCAUAGCUCAUUCGGGAUGGCAAAUAUUAUAUGAGAGCAGCACUUACAUGAAUGUGUGUCAGAAUGGCUCAUAUGUACACUGUAAAAAGUAGGAAUAGACAAAUACUGAGGGGAUAAUUAUUCGCACCAGCUUUGUUUUUGAAUCCAGCAUGGGUCUUUGUGUUGGCUUGCACCAAGAGUGUGUGUGUGUGUGUGUGUCUGUAGACACAAUAUCAUGAAUUUAAAGUAAAAAUGUAACGCCAAAUCCGAAGAGUUGGACCACUGGAGUCUCCGUCAAAAGUUAAGCAGGUCACCAAUUUCAUUUUACAAACAGCUGGUAGAAUCUGCCGCUUAAAGGAUAAUAUUAAUUCAUCAUAAUUGGGUCUUUGGCUUAUUUCUUUUUUGUUUUGACUAUUAUUGCAAUUCAGAACAAUAAGAUCCUACUUGCUGAGAACAGGAAAUGAGGCAACAUCACCACAACAAAGUCCAAUAGGAUGAGAAACAGCGUAAAAUUACAUUACUUUGGAGUCAAGCGGAGAGCUGUGGUAGCAGUUCAGCCCCGUCAUUGGGUUACAAUUUGGCAACAAGCGUUUCUACAAACCACUGAUACAGACAAUAAUGUACACGUCAUACUUGACCUACCAUUCUACAACCUGUCAUGAUGCAUUCAGAUUCUCAACAUUUAGAAACACGACACCACUAGAUCAUUUUAGGAGACCUCCAGACACCUUGUGUCUGCAAAACCAGGUAUUUUAAGACAAAACAGGCUCUUUUCCUAACUUUAACCUAAAGUGUUUUUUCAUGGUUUAACCUAACUGGAUCUUAAGCUAAACGAAACAUGCAUUUGCAUGAGAAAGUAAUAUAAUCACUCUCAAUUUUAACGUCAGUUUAAAUGGUUUUGAUAAUCUGGCUAAGCUGUUUGUUUACAACAUCUUGAUCAUGUUUCUUGUCGGACUUUGGUGUUGUAGGGAUGUCGCCUCAUUUCUACAAAAAAAGAAAAUGAAACCCAAGUUCUCUUUAAAAAGCAGAACCAUCUUUUAAUAUUUUUUAGAUAAUAUUAUUACUGUGUGGCCAUUGCAUGAUGUGAGUAAACUGCCUUCAGGUUUUAGUGAGCGUACUGCAUGUUCUUCCAAAUUGAUUAAAGCCCAAUUGAUAAUUAAAUUGGUCAUUUUUUUAAAUUAGGCUUAGUGACGUCAAUUAAUAAUCUGACUAAACCUUUUGAGGGUUUUUUUUGAUUUGUUCAGUGUUUUGUAUCAAAAUGUCUAAAUAUUCAUCAUGCACUGUUCACGCUGGGAUUACAGUCGAGAAAAAAAACAGAAACAAAACAGAAACCUCCCACUUUUAUUUAACCACCUGACAGUAACUACAGGAAAAACUAUGUAUCAAUAUAGCAUCUACAGUACUUUAUGGUAUCUUGUGAGAAAUUACAUGAAUGUCGUCACUGAUUGUAAUUAUCUAUAACUGCUGUCAAAUUCCUCAGUGUCCGAGCUCUGUGGGAGUCUUUACUAACCGUGGUUUUAAAAAGAAAAAUCAGUGCUUGUCAGUCAGAAUUUUACAAAAAAAAAACAAAAACCCUACAUUUAUUUUCACACGGCUCAACUGAAAAUGAUCCAGUAACAAACAUUUUCAGCCUCUCUUAUUUUGUGUUUUUAAACGCGCCGACAAGAUUAAACAUCUCCGCUCCAUAAAUAUGAUUUAGAUGUCCUCUAUCUGCCUCUGUCCGCUGAGAAAUUACCUCUGCCACUGACCUGUCGGGAGGGAGGGGGGGGGCAUCGGCUGACAUAUUUCACACGUGGAGUGUUUGCCUUACAGCGCAAGAUUCGUCACCGCCUCUGCUUUUAUGAGCUCCUUUAGGAACGGCGCCUGAGCAUGAACUGUCGACGUGCACGGAUUGAUUGUAAUGCUUUGAUGGAUCUACAUGAUAUUUAUGAACCAGAUGCGAGGUGUCAUCCGUCACACGCACCGUGGAUGGACGCAGGAUCAUACCGGGGGACCCCUCGUAUGACAAUGGCGACAUUUCAAAAAGCCUUUUAUUUUAUUUAUUUUUAUUUAUAUGAAGUGACUGUGAAAUCACUGCCGCAUCGGAUUUUACUGCCCUGGGAGAUGAAUAAUAUGCUGUAUAUUUUUAAAAAACAGGCUUCUUUGUUCGGUCCUUGUAGGAAAAGCUAUUUUAAAUGAUGUUUGUUUCAUGAUAUCUUCUUUGAAAAUCUACACGACCUUCCAUUGAGCUCUGCAACAACUGACUUUGGUCAAAUUAAAUCUGUUAACAAGCAAUAUAUUAUUCUCAACUUAUUCUUUAUUUAUAAUGAUUGUAAUCUCUUACACACUUGGCCAAUGAGAUUUCCCAGUUCUGUCUCCUAGAAAUUACAUUUAUAGAUAUGUCUGAAUUGUUUUCAACUACGUAAAUGAAAUGUACCAAGGUGGAGUCACAAGGACGUGUACAAGGUUCAGGAGUCCAGGAUUCAAGUUUGGUUAAAGUUUAGGCAACAAAAGCACUUUGGCUAAGGUGAGGGAAAAGAUUGUGAUUCCGUUUUGAUGUAAAAAUCUGAUGUCUGCCAUGAUUCUUCCCCAACCGCAACUGAGUCCUGCCACUGCAGAAAUAAGACAUCCUCUUUCCUAAACGACUGAAGAGGUUGAUUGAUAAAAUUACUCCCAAAAUGACAUAAUGAUUGACAGGUUUAGGGACUUAAACGACUUGGUUAGGUUUAGAAAAAGAUCAUUGUUUAGGUUAAGAUAUACUUAUGUAAAGUUACUUAUCUAUUGUAUCUAUUAUAGUCAACAGAAGUUGCCCUCCAACAAUAAAACGUAAAUAUGGGUUGUAAUAAGCUGCUUGCUAAAUCGACCCAAAUGGUUGUUUUCUGAUUUAUCUAACCAUAAAAACACAGAAUAAUGCUCAUCGCUGAGAGUUUAUGGUUUAUUGUAAGACUGAAGGAACUCGAAGGAAACAAAUGAAAGAAGUUGUAAGAAGAAAUUUCACCGAUACGUUGCGACUUGCCAGGUCUGUUAAUUAACAGCAAGUCCUCAGUAUGAUGAAAGGAAAACAAGUCGGUCAACGUCACUUUCCCUCAAAAAUGUAAUUUCUCAGAGACAGAGCCGGAUCUUCAAAUCAGAGAUAGUUGGAGCACAAUGCGAUUACAGUUUUACCGUCUCAGAGCAGAAAAUACUAACAACGCAAUAUCCCGCCUGUGUACUACAGAACAUGUGACAUGUUCAGUCAGUCGUACUUCAGUUAGCACGCUUGCUGUAGCAUCCCUCCGUUCAGUCAGUCCAUAGCUGUCUGUGUAUUGACUCGUGUAUACAUAACCAGUGUCUUGACUGUCUGUUUCUCUGGAGAUGAUCAUUGUACUUUAGCCGUAUCAUCGAUGAAUCAGUGAAAGUUUGAACCUCAACCAUUGUUCUUGUACCACCUCGACAUAGACGUAGCUCUUCGUCCACCAGUGGGAUCUCUGCCAUGGUGCGUUCUGUUGGCUCGCCGCUUUCAUUUCAACCUGACUUCUCUCGUGACCAAACCAAGUCACCCGAUGGCAAAUACAACUACUACUAUUGCUACUACUACUACUACUACUAAUACUACUACUAUAACUACUAUUCAAUGCUGUAAACGUCGUAAAUCUUGUGGCUUCUGCAUGAAUUCAAGAUAAAAAAAAAAUAUAGGACCGAUGUUUCACUGCCCUUGAUAGAACAAAAAAGAAAAAAAAUUGAUCUUUUAUGGACUGUUACAAGUUGUAUAGUGAGUGAUGACUGUCCCUAACCCACUGUAUUAUGUGCUUGUUAUGACUCUUGCUCUAUGACAAGCUUAUAGCAUCAAUAUAUGGGAAUAUUUGGUAGAUUUAUAUUGUGUUAUAUUGUGAUAGCAUGUACAUAAAAGAUACCUCCUCUGCAAUAAAUAUUUAUAUGAAAACGAAGUGCGUGCUCGGUGUGUUUCUG